AUGUCGGUCUCUCUCGAUCACGUUAUGACAGUUCUACCGUUACGCAAACCACACACUAAACUCUGGGCCAAGAGGAGGGCGGAUCUUACAGAUGGAAGAGAAAGUCAAAUAAAAGACGUUUUAGCCAAGAUCGAAGAUGUGGACGACCGCAAAACUUAUUUAUUGCCAUCACCAGGAUACACUAAAGGAGGAAAUGAAAACCGGCCGCUCGUGAGCUGUCUGAAGGGUUAUGUAAGAGAAUCUCCGGGCCUUGUUAGAGCUUUGGAGGUGUACAGUUCGAAUAACGCGGCCACUGCAAAAUGGCGCUCGGGUCUGCAACCAUUAAGUGUUUACCAGCAAAGCCAGUUGGAAAAAUCUGUCCGAGAUUAUACACGACUGUACAGCGUGCAGCACUCUCCACCCUACACAACUUUAACUGUUCGCUGGCGAAACCACGGAGAAGAAAACUGUUAUACAGUGGAAUCUCUUCAAAAAAUUUUCAGCCACUUUGGUCCGAUAAGAAAGAUCAGUUUUCGGAGUGAUUGUAGCGCUCAUGUCGUAUUUGAAAAUGCGGAGAAUGCAUGCUCAGCUCUCAGCCUAUCAAAUUUAGGCUUUCCAAGGUGUCCUCUGCAUGUUCGCUGGCUACCAGAGGAAAAGAAGAGGCUGCUUUGGAGAAGAAAAGAUGCUAUUCCUAAGCCAAUGAAAUUAAAGGGUACUGUAAUCAAUGGAAGAAAGACUGGAAGUCUUAAAGAGUCACCCAAAUGGGGGAUUAGAAAGUCGCCCCAGGCUCUGACACGCCACAGUCAAAUUUGCUGCACCGUUCAUACCAAUUCACGCAGUAAGGCACCAUAA